UCACAACCUCAUCUUUGUGUCAGAACUAAAGGUUUUAACUUUUAUUUUGAAUGACAUACGAAAAGGCGCGACUUUUCCCACAACAUCCGGUUCUUACCGGAAGUAACUUCAGAACGCAAGAAAAUGUCCCAUUUUAGUUAAGGUCCUUAUUUAAACUUAUUCUAACCUUUUAAAAUGGCGUGGAGUAGCAAAGGCCCCUUUCUUCCUCCAACCUCUUUACAGCUGCUUGUUCCUCCAGUGAGAGUCAUGUCAGCCUUCGUCUGGCAAGUAGUGCAGCAGCACAGCGUGAAACAGUACGACAAGCUGCUGGAUUUCAUCAGUUUGGUGACAGAGAUAGUUCCAGAGCUUCUGAGCCCCACUCAGAAAGCCCAGCUUGUACUGGGUUUGAGAGCAAGGUUGGUUCUGGAGCUGUGUCGUAGCGAUGGUUUCGGCAACCUGAAGACCAUCCAGAGUCACCUGGAUAAAAUCCACACGUGCAGUGCAGAACUGAGCGCCAGUGAUCAGAUGGAAAGUGCAGAUAUACUGAAGACCUCUUACAGCAACUUUGCCAGCCUGGUGCAGAACAUUUUGAAUGUUCCUUUUGAAAAGAAGUUCUUCUUCCAAGAAGUUUUCCCUGAAAAGUAUGGCUCUGCCUACAAUCAGCGGAUCCAGCAGCUCGUGUCUUUGUUCCUGUCCAGGCUGGAGCAGCUGCUGCCCAUACCGGAUCUACAGCAGACGACAGCUUGGCUCACUGAUACAUUUGCGUCAGAAGAGUUUGGACUGUACAUGUCUAGCCCUGAAACCCUGAAAACUUUGCUCCUUCAUCACAGAGAGAUGAAAACUCUGAGCUCAGGUUUUUCCUCCAUCACAGCUCCAUCAAACAAUGAGGAGGAUGUCAUUUUGUCCACGCUGGCCCUCCCUACUCAUACCGCAGGGGAGAGAUUUGGUGAGCUGCACAGUGAGGGUGAUGAUGAAGAUGAAUAUGAAAGCAAUGAAGGCUCACUGGCACUGGAGAAUUUGGAAGAAGACUCAAGUCAGAGCUCAGAUGUGGCCUCAGCUGACUGGGUACCAAAAAAGAAAUUAGAUUCACCAUCUAAUUCAUCAACAUGUCCUCAAUGUUCAUUCACACACCUUCUGAAGAGGAAGGUUGAAGAGCACAUGCAGACUGAACACCACAUGACAGUUCCCGUUCAGAAGAAGAAAUCUUUGAGAAAUCUGACAAAGAAGAUUCAACAGAAAAGUCAAAACGUGAAGGCUGAAAAAAAGAAACAAGGUGACACAGAGAAACUGAGGAGAUGCAAACAAAAAGAUGGCAAAAAGUUGCAGCAUAAGCAGAAGGACAAUGUGGACAAGAAGAAACGACUGAGAAAGAAAGUGUCUGCAGGGGAAGAUAAACGGUUUCUGAGUGCAAGACCUGUGAUCAAAAAUUUCCCAGAAAAAGAAACCAGAUGCCCAAAAUGUGAGAAGGUCUUUGAACAUCCAAACCAGCUGAAGACCCACAGGAAGAUCCACAGCUUCCGCUACCGGUGCUGCCAGUGUGAGAAGGGCUUCACCAGUCAGUCGGGGUAUUAUCAGCACCAGAGACUUCACAAAAGAGGACGAAGAUUCACCUGCAAACAGUGCAACAAGGGAUUCCUCUGCAGUUAUUCACUCAAGCAGCAUGAACACCUUCACAACGGUCCCACCAAUUUGUGCAACAUCUGCGGGAAAAACUUCAGCAAAAAUGGCUUCAUAAGACACAUGCAGAUGCACCGAGGGGAGAGGAAUUACCUGUGCACCACCUGCGGGAAGUCAUUUCUAUCCUCAGGGGAGCUGCUUCUGCACAAUCGGACUCACACGGGCGAGUUGCCGUACACCUGCGAGCAAUGCGGGAAGGGUUUCUCCUGCAAGAGUCACCUAAACGUGCACAUGCGUUCUCACACAGGAGAGCGUCCAUAUCUCUGCUCAGAAUGCCCCAAACGUUUCCUCACUGCGAACUGUUUGAGGAGGCACAUGCUCAGCCACAACGGGGUGAAGCCUUUUAAGUGUUCAGACUGUGGGAGAGAAUUCUCCCAACAGGGAAAUUUGAAAAGACAUAUGACAACUCAUAAAGCUGACUCAUAAUGUGCUCGCUUCAUAGCCAGAAAUCUGAAUUUGGAUGUAAAUAUUGUGUAUUUGAUCAUUAUUUUCAUUUGAUCUUUAAUAAAAUGUUAUUUCAA